GAUGCAGCCCCGCGAAAGGAACAAUUUGCGAAGCGCCAAGCCCUCUGACUGCAUAAUUUCCCAAUAAGGCGGGGACCACAGCCGUGUGUUAGUCGCGGGUCAAGUGGGCGAUCAGAAGAAUUUUCUUACCAUCCUGCCCUAUAUUACCCAGUCCUAGUCGUCAUUGCGGUCCCGGAACUCUCUCCUGUUCAUUUUUUCCACCAAGAAAUCAUCAUAUUCGCCCAAGUCAUUCCAAAAGGAGGGAUAAGAAAAAAACAAUGGCCGCCGCUCUUGAAGAAGCCCAGGUCAGCUACGAGGAGCUCUCGGACCUCGAGCAGGAGUUUGACGACGUCGAGACCGAGAUCAUCCGCCAGCAGUAUGCCCUCUCCAAGCCGCUGUACGCGCGCCGCGCCGAGCUGGUCGCCAAGAUCCCCAACUUCUGGCCGCUGGUGCUCGAGCAGGCGCCGAUGGACAUUGACGAGUACAUCCAGCCGUCCGACUCGGCCAUCCUGCUGUCGUCGCUCAAGAGCCUCUCGGUGAGCCGGUUCGAGCUGGACGAGGAUGAGAAGAACGGCGACCCGCGCAGCAUCGCCAUCCGCUUCGAGUUCGCCGAGAACGAGCACUUUGAGGACACGGUGCUGGAGAAGAAGUUCUGGUGGCGCCAGAGCAAGGACGGCUACGCCGGCCUCGUCAGCGAGCCCGUCCCGAUCAAGUGGAAGCCCGGCAAGGACCUGACCGAGGGGCUGCUGGACCUGGCCAAGGCCGUGUACGACGAGCAGGUGGCCCAGCCGAAGCAGGACAAGAAGGACAAGAAGGCCAAGGUCCCCCUGACCGAGAAGCAGAAGGCCCUCAAGGAGAAGAUGGACCAGACCGGCAUGGGCGGCGUCAGCUUCUUCGCCUGGUUUGGCUACAUCGGCGAAUACAUCUCUGCCGAGGAGAGCAAGCAGGCCAUCGAGGAGGAGCGGGAGGAGCGGAGAAAGCGGAAGGCCGGUGAGCCCGUGCCCAAGAAGGAUGACGAGGAUGAGGAGAUGGAGGACGACGACGACGACGACGAGCUCGAGGAGGACCUUGACAUCUUCCCCACGGGCGAUGCUGUUGCCAUGGCCAUCGCUGACGAUCUGUGGCCCGGUGCCCUCAAAUACUUCAUCCAAGCUCAGGAGCAGGACGGGGCUAGCGAGCUCGACUUCGAGACUGAUGAAGAAGACGAGGAGGACGACGAGGAGGACGAGGAGGCGGCGUCAAGGCCGCAGAAGAAGCACAAGGGCUCCAAGAACUGAGUUGGGCCUGGCAAGUUUCUGGAAUCAGGUCCACGAUACCCCUACGUUCUCAUGAUUUGAACCUACGAAGAUUGCGAUGUGAUGAUGGAUAGAGAAAAGCACCUUUGUUUUCUUCCCCCCUUCAUAGUUCCCCAGAAUAGAAAAAAGUCAUCAAGAUCUGCACUGAGGAUUUCAUUGGCUCACAUUCGCUGCCGUUCGUUGCCGGGGUCGAGCAUGGUGAUGCUGAGUAGGUCCAGAUGCCCUUGGCGCCUACGUCAAUCCAGGGGCUCGAAGGCAGUGCAGGGUGGGGCAUUUGGCGUCUCAGAGUUCCUUUCCGUCGACAACACAGCCCUCGAAACACAAAUACGCAGCAUUUAUAAUAAGAAGAGAAUAUCAGAAAUCGCCAAUUA